CUUUUGAGUUCCUGGUCUCUGUGGCCUCCUGACCUACAUGCGUUGGGAGAUCCACAGCUAAGACGCCAGGACUCCCUGGAAGCCUAGAAAUGGGACCAUUGACAUUCACAGAUGUGGCAAUAAAAUUUUCUCUGGAGGAGUGGCAAUUCCUGGACACUGCACAGCAGAAUUUAUAUAGGGAUGUGAUGUUAGAGAACUACAGAAACCUGGUCUUCCUGGGUGUUGGUGUCUCUAAGCCAGAUUUAAUCACCUGUCUGGAGCAAGGAAAAGAGCCCUGGAAUAUGAAGAGACACAAGAUGGUAGCCAAGCCCCCAGUUGUGUGUUCUCAUUUUGCCCAAGACCUUUGGCCAGAGCAGGGCAUAAAAGAUUCUUUCCAAAAAGUAAUACUGAGAAGCUAUGGAAAAUAUGGACAUGACAAUUUACAAUUAAGAAAAGGCUGUGAAAGUGUGGAUGAGUGUAAGAUGCACAAAGGAGGUUAUGAUGAACUUAAGCAAUGUUUGACAACUACCCCAAGCAAAAUAUUUCAAUGUGAUAAAUAUGUAAAAGUCUUUCAUAAAUUUUCAAGUUCAAAUAGCCAUAAGAUAAGACAUACUGGAAAUAAUUCUUUCAAAUGUAAAGAAUGUGGCAAAUCAUUUUGCAUGCUUUCACACCUAACUAAACAUGAAAGAAAUCAUACUAGAGUGAAUUGUUACAAAUGUGAAGAAUGUGGCAAAGCCUUUAAUGUGCCCUCAAAGCUUAAUAAUCAUAAGAGAAUUCAUACUGGAGAGAAACCCUACAAAUGUGAAGAAUGUGGCAAAGCCUUUAAUGUGUCCUCAAGCCUUAAUAAUCAUAAGAGAAUUCAUACCGGAGAGAAACCCUACAAAUGUGAAGAAUGUGGCAAAACCUUUAAUAUGUUCUCAAGCCUUAAUAAUCAUAAGAGAAUUCAUACUGGAGAGAAACCCUACAAAUGUAAAGAAUGUGGCAAAGCCUUUAAUGUGUUCUCAAGCCUUAAUAAUCAUAAGAGAAUUCAUACUGGAGAGAAACCCUACAAAUGUGAAGAAUGUGGCAAAGCCUUUAACCAGCCCUCACACCUUGCUACACAUAAGAGAAUUCAUACUGGAGAGAAACUCUACAAAUGUGAAGAAUGUGGCAAAGCAUUCAGCCAGUCCUCACACAUUACUACACAUAAGAGAAUUCACACUGGAGAGAAACCCUACAAAUGUGAAGAAUGUGGCAAAGCUUUUAAAGUAUCUGUACACCUUACUACACAUAAGAGAAUUCAUACUGGAGAGAAACCUUACAAAUGUGAAGAAUGUGGCAAAGCCUUUAACCAAUCCUCAGCCCUUACUACACAUAAGAUAAUUCAUACUGGAGAAAGACCUUACAAAUGUAAACAAUGUGGUAAAGGUUUUAGCCAAUCCUCAACCCUUACUAAACAUAAGAUAAUUCAUACUAAAGAGAAACCCUACAAAUGUGAAGAAUGUGGCAAAGCUUUUAACCAAUAUUCAACCCUUAAUAAACAUAAGAUAAUUCAUGCUAGAGAGAAGCCUUACAAAUGUGAAGAAUGUGGCAAAGCCUUUAACAAGUCCUCAAUUCUUAACAGACAUAAGAUAAUUCAUACUAAAGAGAAAUCACAAACCUUAAAGAUGUGACAAUGCUUUUUAUGAAAUCCCAAACUUUUUUAAACAUAAAAGAAAUGCUGGUGGCCAGGCACAGUGGCUUACGCCUGUAAUCCCAGCACUCUGGGAGGCCGAGGCGGGCAGAUCACCUGAGGUCAGGAGUUCGAGACCAACCUAACAUGGUGAAACAACGUCUCUACUAAAAAUACAAAAAAAAUUAGCCAGGUGUAGUGGUGGGCGCCUGUAAUCCCAGCUACUUGGGAGGCUGAGUCAGGAGAAUUGCUUGAACCCGGGAGGUGGAGGUUGCAGUGAUCCGAGAUCACGCCAUUGCACUCCAGCCUGGGCAAUAGGACGAGACUCUGUCUCAAAAAAAACAAAAACAAAAAAAAGUGCUGGUGAGAACUCGUAGAAAUGUGAAGAAUAUGAGAAAGCCUUUAAAUGGUUGUCUCACUUGAUUGUAGGUAAGAUACUUUAUACUGGAGAAAACUCCUACAAGUGUGAAGAAUAUGGCAAAACUUUUGACUAAUGCUCACACCUUGGUGCACAGGAAAUAAUUUAUAUUUUAGACAACUUGUACAAAUAUAAAGAAUGUGACGAAGCCAUUAAUAACUGCUCACAUUUUAACAUCAGAGAGCUAAUACAAGCAUUAAAGGUGCAAUUACUGUCAAAAGAUCUUCCAGAAAAUGUAAGCCUUUAAAAUGUAUUAAAUUUAUUGCUGUAAAU